GAAAUCAGGUCAUUCUCCAGUGAUAGCGUAUUUAUAAUAACUUAACAUGAUGCGGGAUAAAUACAACUGGAUGAAGUAUUGAUGUUUAAAAUUGAUCUGUACUUUAUGAAAACUGCCUUUACAUUCAGAAGUGCACGUUUGAAAGAGCUGUGGAUUAUAUACACGUGCAGAUGGAAAAUAAGUGUGAAGAAAUAACAGGGAAUACACAAUUACUAUCUCGCAGUAAAGAUAAUAGAUGAAAAAAAGGAGUCAAUUUUAGUUUUCUUAAACGAUGUUUGGUCGUUGGUAUUAGAUUUCAGCGAGUUCUGGUGUGUUUUGUAUGAGCAGGAAAAAAAAAACAUUUGAGAAUAAGAAAGAUUCGUUUCAAAUCAUAAGGGUGUAAUUAUAUGUAAUUUGAUUCCGUGAUGUGGAUGUAAUAUGGUCUUAAAUACUUGCGUUGCAUACAAAGGCGCAAUAAUCGUUAUAUAAUUUAAACUUGCAUCAAGUGGACAGGUACUGAUGAAAUAUCAUGCCUUAUAUUAAAUAGCGGGUUUAUUGUACUGAGGAUAAUACGCGUACGUGAGCCAGUUCAUACAACGCGCAAACAAAAUAAACAAACGAGGUGACUAAGAUAUAAAGUUUCAAGAGACAUACAUCAUCGCAACCUGCAGAGGAAAAUAUAUGUUACUACGGUACUAAAUGUAUAAAAUGUAAUACUUGCACAAUAAAUUAUAUUCAAAAUAAAGAAGUUUAUGGAAAAAACCUCGAUAGAGUUAUUUACGAAAUUAAGGUCCAGAUACUAGGUAUAAAAUCGUAUUCAUUACGAAAAAGUAUAACCACGGAUUUCGUGCUGGCAAAUGCAGGUGGUGACAGAAUUGUAUAUACAAUACGGACGCGAUGAAAUAACUGAUUAGAAAUAUCAUGCCGGAAAAGGACAUUGAGGCUGAGAAGCCCCUGCAAAAGGGCGCCCGCGAGCCGCGGGGACGGCGGUGCAAUAUGGGUGGUGUGGAUUUCCGGUGGGUGGCGGCGUGCGUCUCUCUGACCCUGAUUGGCGUUGCUAUAGGCUAUUGGGUGGUCACGCCUAUAGGGGCGGGAGUACCGCCCAUUUGUCAUUGUGAGAAUCUACGCUUCUGUGAGCGGGUUACGGAUACAACGAGAAAAGAGGUGUUCAUGUUUUCAUUGCGGGCGACUGCGACAGACUGGCAGCACUAUGAUUGGACCAAAGUGACCACGGUUGUAAUGGUUGGGUAUCUAGACAUGGGGCUUGUCUGUCUCGCCCAUGAACAUGGUGCUCGGGCUGUUAUCAUUGGCGACGUGUCGGCGGACGUGUUUGUGAGUCCGGACAAGCGGAAGUCAUGGAUCGCCAAGCAGCUCGAUGUCGUGGACCGCCACUUCCUGGACGGCCUUAAUUUCGACUUCGAGAGCCCCAUUCUUCCGAGCCAGUUUGACCUGAGGGACGGAUAUACCGCCCUCGUGCGGGAGACGCGCGCGGCCCUCGUGGAGAAGUUCCCAUUUGCCAUGGUUUCCGUGGACGUGGCAUGGGGCGCCCAGGGCGUUGAUGAGAGAAACUAUGACUACCAGGGGCUGGCGGCGGCGGCCGACUUCCUGUUCGUUAUGGCAUACGACAUGCAGAGUCAGAUCCGGGGGUCCUGUGUCGCCGGGCCCAACAGUCCCUUCCCAAGUGUCAUGGAAGGUGUACAAAGCUAUCUGAAUGCCAGUAUCUCCCCCGACAGGCUGGUUCUGGGUCUACCCUGGUACGGCUACAACUACUCUUGCCUCGCCUUGUCCACGGAAAACGUGUGUUCCAUCCGCGCCAUCCCGUUCCGGGGCGUGUAUUGUAGCGACGCGGCCGGUAAUGAGAUCAACUUCAAUAUCAUUUCCAGUCUGCUCGAGUCUUCCACUUCCGGACGACUCUGGGACGAAGAGUCACAGACGCCAUACUUUAACUAUGAGAUGCACGGCGAGUCUCUGCAGGUCCGAUAUGAUGACCCAAAGAGCCUCACAGUGAAAUAUCAGUACGCGAUAGACGAGGGGCUGCGGGGCGUUGGGGUGUGGAACACGGAGGCACUGGCGUACAGCUCCCAAGCGCCGCGCGACAUCUGGGACGUCCACGAAAUGUGGGCCGCGCUGCCUGACUUCCACGAGAAUCAGCCUCACAACCACCGGAAACAAUCGACGCGGCACGUAGGGCGUGAUUAGACACAAGUGGUGGACAUACGAACGGAAAGUAGAACCGGGACUGACUGUAAUCGUAGAUUGGUGACUCAUUAAUUGAACAUGGUGACAAUGAUCGUGGAUUAUUUGGUGCUGCUCCCGAUAUCAGGGGAGAUUGCGGGUACAUUCGGAGCUCCUCGGCCAUUUUUAUCGAAAAAACCCUCGGAUGUAUCUGGACGGUUAACAUACUCAGAAAGCGGUACGUUUAAGUCCGCUGCAAGUAGAUCGCGUAGUAAUUUUAUUUAGAAGUUAAACUUCAUGACUCAACUCUUGGGAAUCUUAAUUAUGUUUGAAAUAAUACACUUCACUGGCAAUGAAUGUAAACCUAGAUCAAUAGAUACAACUCUAAAGCUCUACAUUCAAUUAAUGAUAUAAUUAAAAAAUACGAACUACUUCAACUGAUAUACCGGCAUACAUCCGAGGUUGUUUUCGAUAAAAAUGACCGAGGAGCUCCGAAUGUUGUUGAUACUGAUGAAACAAUGGGUCGUGGCAUUGGCUUUUACCAUAUUCUGGAAUAAUAGUACACUUACGGUGAUAUACAGGCGACAUUUUGGAUCUAGGGCUUAAUUAUCUCUAAGUCGUGGCUACGACAUACUAAUAAUAUAUGCCAUAUUUUUCGGUUUCCGAUUAGAUCCGUUGCCAGGUAACGAGGCUUGAGUUAGUAAGUCGUUGUCACAAGAUAAGGAAGACGUUAUUAUGACGUAGUCAUGAAAUACCAUAUGUAACCUCUAUGUUACCGUAUUCUACAUUUGUCAUGGUAACAUAUUUGAAUAUUUUGUUCGAAACUAUUAGUAUGACACCAAUAUACUUACAUUCCAACACGCUGUUAGUGUAACAUUCAUGGAAAUUAGUCAUUUGGAUGAGCAAGCCUAAGUGCUGACACUGGUGCUUGGCAUCACUUUUUUAACAAGCCCUGCUGUAUAAAGUCAAAAAUAUAAGCAAGCCCCUAAGCAGCUAACCAAUGCAGGGCUUGUGGCUUGUGGGUUGUGCUAAUUUUGACCACUGAACUGUGCAUUUUAUGUAUUUAUUCUAUGUGUUACGGUGCUAUUCGUUUGGAAUAUACCAAAUAUUAAUAUAAAAGCGGUGGCAUUCAUUUCGCAAAAUUCAUCAAGAUUUGUAAUAAUAUAUACUAUGCAUUAUAAUUAAUGUAUCUAUUUACAUGUAUAAAUUGCUCA